CAAAUAAAACCCACCCACGACCACACUUCAUCGCGCUUUGUCGGAGCAACGCGCAGACAACAGCCACCACAGCAAUGGCGCCAUUCACCCUCUCGCUCGACCCUUGCUCCCUUCCUCACUGCCUCCCUCCAUCUUCAUCAUCAUCAUCAUCCUCAUCCUCAUCCUCAUCAUCUCCAUCUUCGCUCGUUCAUCAGCUCCAUCUUCACUCGCCUUGCGAGCGGCCGAAACCGGCCGCCAUCUCCAUCUCCUCUUCCUUGCAAGGGGCUCGGGCUCAGUUUCCGAUACGGCAGGGGAAGCCUUCUUCCUCCUCAUUGCUGCGAACGGCUGCGGUUCGGCACCUGGAGGGAUCCGUCACCGGAACCGCGGGCCUUCGCUUUGGCGUGGUUAUAGCACGGUUCAACGAGAUUGUGACAAAGCUCCUACUGGAGGGUGCUCUGAACACUUUCAGAAAAUAUUCAGUACGAGAAGAGGACAUAGACGUUGUAUGGGUCCCUGGCAGUUUUGAAAUAGGCGUUGUUGCCGAAAAGCUAGGGAAGUCUAAAAAAUAUCACGCAAUCUUAUGCAUUGGGGCUGUGAUAAGGGGUGACACUUCACACUAUGAUGCUGUUGCUAAUUCGGCAGCCUCUGGGGUGCUUUCUGCUGGUCUUAAUUCAGACUAUCAGAUCAAGAUUAAUCGUAGAGCAAGAUGUGUUCCGUGCAUCUUUGGGGUCUUGACCUGUGAUGACAUGGACCAGGCUUUGAACAGAGCUGGUGGAAAAGCUGGGAACAAGGGAUCUGAGGCUGCUUUAACUGCCAUCGAGAUGGCAUCUCUGUUCGAGCACCACCUGCCAUUGGUUUGACGGGCAGAGCUGGGCAUAAACUUUCCAAGUCAGCAGUUGCGGCAUGUAUUUCAAUAACUUGUGCAUUCACCCAUGAAGGAUUGUAAGGGCUUCUGGAUUACGAGAACUAUGAUGCAGUAGAAAAUGCUUACACGACUUAUUAACAUAAAUGUUUCGGUACCUUUCGUCAUUGGAUCGUCGUAGCCAUAAAAUGAUCUGGUGCCUAGGCAACGCUCUUUGAUCUUUGGUUUUGCCCAAAUGGAGCUUAUCGGCAUCAAACUCUGGCUGUGGACUGUAGGGCAACGUAUAAGCGGGAAUUAUUCUAUCUUUAUUUAAUUGAUCUUGGGUUGAAGAAGCAGUUUUUGCUGUUUGAUCUAUGUAACUUGAGCAUGUGUUUAUCAGGACGAGGCAAGAAUUGGUUUACUCUAUUAAUGAAUAAUUUGAUGGACUAAUGAGCGCAUUUUAGUGAA